CCUCCCUGCUCCUGCCGUGCCUUGGACUGGUGUGAUUGGAGGGAAACCCCGUGGACUGCAUUCAGACAGACGGGCUGAGAGAAUCAGCUGUAGCUUGGCACGCCGAAAUCACUGCUAUCUGCCAGUACUCAGUGAGCAGUCAUGAGCGAGGCACCCCAGAAGGAAUUGGUGCAAAAGGCCAAGCUGGCCGAGCAGGCUGAGCGUUAUGAUGACAUGGCUGCUGCAAUGAAGGCUGUGACGGAGGACAGUGAGCAGCUGUCAAACGAGGAGCGUAACCUGCUGUCAGUGGCCUACAAGAACGUUGUGGGAGCUCGUCGCUCCUCAUGGCGUGUGGUGUCCAGCAUUGAGCAGAAGGCCGAUGGCAGUGAAAGGAAGAAGGCCAUGGCCAAAGAGUACCGGGAAAAGAUUGAGAAAGAGCUCAAAGACAUCUGCCACGAUGUGUUGGGUCUCUUGGACUCUUUUCUCAUUCCCAAAGCCGUUGCAGCAGAGAGCAAAGUCUUCUAUCUGAAAAUGAAAGGAGACUACUUCCGCUACUUGGCUGAGGUGGCCACAGGAGAAGACAGGACAACCACCAUUGAAGCCUCAAAGGAUGCCUACCAAGGUGCUUUUGACAUCAGCAAAGGAGAAAUGCAGUCCACGCACCCAAUCCGUCUUGGUCUUGCCCUCAAUUUCUCCGUUUUCUACUAUGAGAUCCUCAACUCCCCUGAACAGGCCUGCCUCCUGGCUAAAAGUGCUUUUGACGAUGCCAUUGCAGAGCUUGAUUCACUGAGUGAAGAUUCCUACAAAGACAGUACACUAAUCAUGCAGCUACUGAGAGACAACUUGACACUGUGGACCUCUGAUAACCAGGUUGAGGGAGAGGAUCAAGAGGAGACCAGAGAAUGAGCCACAUCCCUAUAGUCAUCCCUGUCUACCUGCCAUCAUCCCAGUUCAUCUUCAUCAUGAUCAUAAACACUGAGACCACCUCAUUACUAUCAUUGUCGUCCAAUACUCUCCAUUUUUUUUCUAUUUAGUUUUCUCAGCACUCAUCUCAUUCCUUAUCAGUUUACUAUUCCUUCUUUUGAAGUAACUGUGGGGAUAGGGGAUGGGGAGGGAGGGUAAGUUUUAAAUUGUGUGACGGGAGGGUCCAUGUGGAAGGUAGUGUGUUUGGGGUGGGCUGCUUGUCUGCUGACCUUUUCUUUUGUGUGGGAGUAAAGUUUGUUGCAUUAUUGAGGUGGUGGGUGAGAGGGCAAGUUCUCAACUCAUGAAACAUGCAGCAGGUUGAGUUUUUAGAGAUAAAGUUAUCCUGUGUGUGUAUCCUAUUCAUAUUAAUGGUCCUGUUCUUGAUUAACACCAUCUUUUGAUGAUACGUGUGGUUUCACAAAAUGAGUUGAUUUGUCACACUUUAAAGAGACAGCGGCUGUUAGUCUGUACUUGGCAGGAGGAAGGACAGAGGUAAAGACCGUGAUGGCGUAAUGGUGAGUGCUGGAGACAGAAGGCAAAGUUUUUUUUUGGAACACAAAGGUUACAUUCCAUUCAGUUGCUCAACUUUCUACUCUAUUAUUUUGUUUUGUUUCGGGUGACCUGCUUUUGUAUUUCUAUGUAUCAAUUACGAGGUAUAGAAAACUGAAGAACAAAAGAGCACACAAGCUUGUUGUUGAUGUUUCAUGAGAACAGCAUUUUAAAAAAAACCCAUGUGCUUAUGUAGUUACUGCUUUUUCGAAUUAAGAUUUUUAUUUGAUUUGUCUUUUAUUCUCCUUUUUUUCUUUCAAAACUUGCCUAAACUGCAUGUUGGUAAGAAGUAGUUUGUGGAGAUGUAAGGAUGGUUGUUGUCAGGCAGGCUAGCUUUGUUCAUGUCUUUGGAAUUUUCAUACAGAACACCCAAGCAUAACUGUUAUUUGGGGGGAAAUGUGUGAUUUCAUGUAAGUGGAAUAAAAAAAAUAAUUAAAGUUUCAA